AGGGUUCACCGCUUCUCUCUCUCAAUGUUGAAGAAAAUAGUACUCAUUAAAAUAUGGGUACAAAAAUUUCAAGAAGUUGGAAGCUGGGGAGAAUCCUCACGACCAACCAAUAACAAACCCAACUCUGUAUGA